AUGACCGCCGAGGAUCGCACGGCUGCUUUUGCGCUCGCUCGGGAGCUGGACCCCGGACCGGCCACCCUCUCAUGGCGCCACUUCAACUUUUUCAUGUCUUGCUUUGUCGUCAUCGUCUGCUCGUGCGACUCGGGGUUCGACUCGACCAUCAUGUCUUCGGUCAACUCGAUGACUCAGUUCCAGGACUUCUUCGGACUGACUUCCGCAAGUACAGGCACCGGUAUUCUAUUCGGUGUCUACACGGUCGGCGGAGUGUGCGCCUUCAUUCCCAACAUCAUUCUUCCGGAUUUGUGGGGGAGGAGGAAGUGCAUGUGGUUAGGCAAUACUCUUCUCAUUAUCGGCGCCAUCACCUCGGCCAACGCUCAAUACAUGAGUAUGCUCCUCGGUUCCCGCUGGCUCACCGGGUUUGGCUGUACCAUGGGCGCCCUCUCCGCCAAGCUAUGGAUGACUGAGACUACCCCUGCCUCCUCCCGCGGUCGAUACAUGGGUUUCCUCAACUCCUUCUUCUACGUCGGUCAGAUCCUCGCCUCGGGCAUCUCCAUUCCCCUCGGCCGUGUCCUCUCCGACUACUCCUGGCGGACCUGCCUCUACCUCCAGUGCGGACCGGCAAUCAUCAACGUCAUCGGUGUCCUCUUCAUCAAAGAGUCUCCCCGGUGGCUGUACGCCCGCGGACACCGGGACCGCGCCAUCGAUAUUCUCGCCAAGUACCACUCUGCCACCGGCGAUAUCGAGUCCCCCGUCGUCAAGCUCGAAAUGCAAGAGAUCGAAGCGGCCAUCUCGCUCGAAGGGGGCGAUCGCCAGUUCUGGAACUUUAAGCGCGUAUUUGCGACCGCGUCGGAUAGGUACAGAUUUGGGCUGUGCGCGAUGAUCUCGUGCUGGGGUCAGCUUGCGGGUAAUGGGCUCAUCACCUACUUCUUGCCGGUCCUCCUGGGUCUCGCUGGGAUUACCAACCGCGAUACCCAACGUCAACUCAACUUGGUCAACAGUAUCACCUCCAUGUGCGGCGCUAUCACCGGCUCUGCUGUCGUAGACCAUGUCGGCAGGCGCAAGCUCCUCCUCACCGCCAUCUCGUGCUGCUUUGUCGGGAUGUUCAUCGUCGGCUCGCUCCUCUCUCCCGCCGGAGAACAGUCCAAGACUCGUGCCGACGCGGGAAUCACCUUCAUCUUCCUCUUCAUGAUCUGCUUCUCAUUCGGCAUGACCCCGCUCCAGGGACUGUACCCCGCCGAAGUCCUUUCGUUCGAGAAUCGCGCCAAGGGGUUAUCGCUGCAGGGCUGGUGCUCUAAUGCUAUUUCGUGCAUCAACACUUUUGCUCUCCCACCUGCACUCGGGCAGCUGGGGUACAUUGUCUACUUUAUCUUUGGCGCGUGGGACGUGGUCGGUGUCGUCGUCAUCUAUCUCUUUGCCGUAGAGACCAAACAACUCUCGCUCGAAGAAAUGGCAGACGUCUUUGAAGCGCCCAACCCCAAGAAGCGAUCGUUCGAGCUCUCGGCCGCUGCGCGCGCAAAGGUCAAGAAGGAGAAGGCGCUCCGAGCGUAG